UACCCACUUCAUAUAUUCAUUAUGCUCACUACCCAAAUUCAAUCGCCUUCUGUUGCUGCUUUCAAACUGUAUGGCCAGCUUAACGUGCAACCAAAAGAGGAACAAUUGACACCCAAUGAAAAGGAAAAGAUUCUGUUGGAGCCCUUCGAGUACCUGUGCUCUAAUCCAGGAAAAGAUAUCCGGGCCAAAAUGAUCGAAGCUUUUGAUGCUUGGCUCCAGGUCCCCAAAGAUAAACUGGUUGCUAUCACGCGCGUCAUUGAAAUGCUUCACAGCGCCAGUUUAUUAAUUGACGAUGUAGAAGACGACUCAGUGCUUCGUCGAGGUGUGCCUGCAGCACACCACCUUUACGGUGUACCACAAACCAUCAACUGUGCAAAUUAUGUCUACUUUCUUGCCCUGGCGGAAAUUACCAAAUUGAACGAUCCACAAAUGGUGGUCAUUUACACCGAAGAGCUUCUCAAUCUGCACCGCGGUCAAGGCAUGGAAUUGUUCUGGCGUGACACGUUGACGUGUCCUACCGAAGAGGAGUUUAUUGAAAUGGUUGACAACAAAACGGGAGGUUUACUGCGUCUGGCGGUGAAAUUGAUGCAAGCUGCCAGCGGGUCCAAAGUAGAUUACACUGGCGUAGUAAGCAAAAUCGGCAUCCAUUUCCAAGUUCGCGAUGAUUAUAUGAAUUUGCAGUCAAAGCAGUACGCGGAUAACAAAGGAUUUUGCGAAGACUUGACCGAAGGCAAAUUCUCGUUUCCUAUUAUCCAUUCCAUUCGAAGUGAUCCAUCAAACCGCCAGUUACUGAAUAUUUUGAAGCAAAGAAGCAACUCGUUGGAACUCAAGCAAUUUGCGUUACAGUUGCUGGAAAAAACACAAACAUUUGCCUAUUGCAAGACGUUUCUUGCCAAGCUGGAACGGGAAGCCCGUCAAGAAAUUCAAGAUCUCGGGGGCAACCCCAUGCUGGAGAAAAUCUUGGAUCUAUUAAGCGUACCAGAGACCCAAGACGAUGAAUGAUACCAUUGAUGCUUCACAUUUUGAGCCCUUGUUCUGCUUCAAUAAUAAAAAGAAAUAAAGUAGUACGUUUUUUUUUUUAUAUUGGCCCACUUUCCAUCAAAGUAUGACAAAUUUUACACUUCUUGAAA